GCUAUAUUAAUUACAUGGAUUCACAACCGUUAACUUUACGGCAAAUUCUGGACAAAGCUUGUGAAUUGUUCUUUCCAAAAGGUAAAAGCCAUUUUGGCUUACUUGAAGAUAUGUCCAAAGUAGUCACAAAUUCUGCUGGUGAAGUUAUUCAUUCGUUUCCUAGCGGUGGUACGAUUGCCGAUUACCUACAUGAGAAUGGUUUGUAUCCUUCCUUAACAUAUCUAUACUUAAGAACAGUAUUUAUUCACCCAGAAGAGGAUGAAGAGCAGAGCUUAACCCAAAUGACAGAUACUGGCUCUGCAAUUGUAGAAGCCGUUGACAGUAGUGACACUUAUCUGGAUUUUGAGGGUGAUGACCUUGGUGUAAGUGGUGCCUCACCCACCACUCAAUACUUAGCUCCAAAUCACCCAUCACCAUUAAUAGGUUUUCCUCCAUCCACUACAAAUUUUCCUCCAUCCACUACAAGUUUUCCUUCAUCCACUACAAGUUUAGUCCCAUCAACUACAAGUUUCCAUUCAUCUACCACAAUUUUUCCCCCAUCGACUACAAGUUCCCCUCCACCAGAUUCAUUGUUCAAUAGUCCACAGUACAGAAUAGUGUGUUCCAAAUGCUAUUUGUACUAA